CCCCAUCUUAGGCGCAAUACGUUUCUCGUCUUGUCUUCCAGUCAUGGAAGAAUUCCCGAAUGAGCUGCUCCUCCAAAUCUUCAGUCUUCUGCACACACCGAUAACAUGCUUUUCUUCACCGCGUGUACCCACUCCUUCGCGAGACCUCCUCGCAUUGUGCCUCGUCUGCCGAGUAUUCCGGGAUGUUGCAAGAUCGCUCAUCUACGAAUCAAUCGAGCGGGAGGGCAAUACGAAUAGUCAGGCUUAUCGCCAGCUACCAAAUACUCUUCUCAAGAACAUGGGGCUGUGUCGGUACAUCAAGAAUCUGAGACUGAAGGUGGAGGACGGUUUCGAGUGACCAACAUGCCAGAUUACACGCCAGAAGGCUACGAGUGGCUCGGCGAACUCAUCUCGGCCAUGAAUAGCAGUCAGGCACAUGCUUCUGACCACGACCUCCUUGAGCGCGCUAUCUUGGGAGAAGAUGUACUACUCACCCCAUGUAUUCUCUCGGCGUGUAAUUUGGAACGACUUUGGCUCCGCCUCCCAAAAUCACAACUGGACGAAGACAGCCCAAGUUUCUUGCUCAACAGCAUCGUCCACAGUGCUAACGAGGGUGGGUUCGAAAGGCUCAAAGUUCUUCAUCUCGACGUGUACCAGAGCGGUGUUGGUUGGCCGGUCCGUAACGCGCUACCUUUGUUUCUUCUUCCGAGUUUGACCGAUUUGACCAUCGGCAAUUGUGGUGAGACUGAUCUCGGACGCCCGUGGAGUUUUGGGCCAGAUACCAACGACUCCGCAUUCAUGGGAGAGCCUUGGAUGUGGCCUGACCGCACCUCGUCCAUUACCAAACUGUCGUUACUGUCCCCGCAUUUCAGCGGUUCCAUAGUUGCGAAAAUGCUACUCGCUUGCAAGGUGCUCACGGAGUUCGAAGUGGUGUCACCAUAUCAAAGGCCACCCUGUGACGACGAGUUCUAUGAAGACGUAGGCGUGGCCCUGCUGGCACAUGUAGAGACCCUCGUCCGUUUGUCGCUUGGGGAUCAGAUGGCACUUGUUGGGCGCACUCUCUUCCAAAAUCCAGGCACGUUUCGCAUGGGCAGCCUCCUGAGCUCGCUCACCUUCCUACGAGCAAACCCGUACAUUCUUCUCGGCUACAGUCACCCGCGUGCGUGGUCUAUAGAAACAUCACCGAUGCUAAAAGAUGCUCUUCCGGACUCCCUUGAGCACCUAUGGCUUGACGAGCCCUGCAAACCAUGGACACUGCAUACGUGGCCAUACUUUGAAGGUUUGUUUAGAGCCAUUCGAAGCGGGCAGUUGCCUCAGUUGAAGAGUAUCCAUAUCCACUGGUAUCAAGCGUUCCCCCAUAAUUGGGACACUAUCAUCCACCGCGUCAGACACCUGAUACACCUUCGUGAGGCCGCGUUGUGGCGAGCAGGUCCCAUCGUGUUUACAGUUACUGUGCGAAUAGCCUACAGCACUUCUGAGUAUGCGGAUCAAGGGUUUGGAGAUUUUGUGAAGUAUAACAACAUACGAUAUUCGCCGCCAAAACCGUCACCACUGGUUUACUGCAGAAGAUCGGAUCUGAAUCAUCCAGACGGUCGGCGAUACUAUGUUGAAGCUGGUACAUGCGAAGUACCUCAUAAGACCCCGGAGGAGAUGCAAGAUGAUAUGGAUCACGGAUAUUGGAGGAUUUUGCCUCCACCUGAUUUCUGGUAGCAAUAUGCAAGCUUAUUCUCGGGAUAGGUUUGGGAUAGGC